AUGUCGCGACUUUCUAAAGACUCCCAAGCCGGCAGCCAUCACAUGGACCUAGACCCUAAAUAUGACGACUACGACUUUCCCACAACUUCUCCCGAGACACAACCGGGGCAUCCAGGCCACACAACAAAGGAGCAGGAUGCACAGGUACACCAGCUCCGAGCAAUGUUGGAACAAGAAGGCUACAAGGAGAGGCUGGACACUUUGACCUUGCUGCGCUUUCUAAGAGCCCGGAAAUUCCAUGUCGAGGCCGCGAAGCAGAUGUUUAUCAAAAAUGAGCACUGGCGCAAGGAGUUCGGCGUCGAUGACCUAGUCCGCAACUUUGAGUACACGGAAAAGGAUCAGGUCUUCCAAUACUAUCCCCAGUACUACCACAAGACGGACAAGGAUGGUCGGCCCGUCUACAUCGAGCAAUAUGGGAAAAUCGACCUUAACGCCAUGUACAAGAUCACCACCGCAGAACGCAUGAUUCAAAACCUUGUUGUGGAAUACGAGAAGGUUGCCGACCCGCGUCUCCCUGCCUGCAGCCGAAAAGCCGGCAAGCUUCUCGAGACCUGUUGCACGAUCAUGGACAUGAAGGGUGUCGGCGUGACCAAGAUCCCAUCCGUCUAUGGUUAUCUCAAGUCGGUCAGUGCCAUUUCCCAAGAUUACUACCCAGAACGACUGGGUAAAUUGUACAUCAUCAAUGCGCCAUGGGGAUUCAGCAGUGUCUUCAACUUCAUCAAAGGUUUCCUCGAUCCGAUCACAGUGGCCAAGAUUCAUGUGCUUGGCUCAAACUACCUGCCGGAACUCCUCAAGCAGGUGCCCGCAGAAAAUCUUCCCAAGAUCCUCGGCGGGGCUUGCGAGUGCGAGGGCGGUUGCCAGUAUAGCGACGAAGGUCCUUGGAAAGAUCCCCAGUGGGUUAGACCCCCGAAGUGGGCCAGGCAAGAUCCUGUGACCGGCAAGGAUGCUGCGAACACUGUCCAGCCAGCGCCCACCGGUGGUGCUCAGGAUCCGUUAACGGCAGGUAAGCCUGCUCCCGCGUCGGCACCCGCCGAGGCAGAAAACGCUCCUGCAGAGGGUCCCAAGAUGCCUCUGGCAGGUGCUUAG